AUGAACCCUCUUCUUCUGAUAGGUCUUGUGGCCGUGGGCUUCGCCAGUGCUCAGUACGGAGACUUUGAUGAAGGUUAUGGAGGAGGUUUUAAUGAAGGACCAUCUUCGUGUAAAAACACCCAGUUCUGGAAUGGAGAAGCUUGUGUUGCACACUUAUCAUACGGAAAGGUGUGUGCUUUGGCCGCCUACAAAGGUCACGUGUGUGGAUCUACCCUCAGGUGUAAAAAGAGGUGUGUCUGUUCCCCCGGAUAUUUCUGGAAUGGAAAAAUUUGUCACAAGUUUUUAGGAAACGGUGGUAAAUGUACUGGCUAUAUCGGAUACAAGGGACGAGUGUGUGGUGGAAAUCUCCGAUGUUUGAAGGGAAAAUGUGGAUGUAAAUCUCCGCUGAUCUACAAAGGCGGCAAAUGUAUACCCAGACCAAAACUUCCCACUCCAUCCUAUGAAAUUGGGGGAUUUGGCGGAGGCGGAGGAGGCCAUCACGCUGGAUACGGGGCUGCCCCACGAUACAGCAGUUUUGGUUACGCUGCAGCCAAGGUGCGCGCUGGGGGAUGUCCUUAUGGUUGGAGUCCUUAUCAUGGAAGCUGUUAUUACUUCAGUCGAGACAAGCUCUCAUGGUGGCAAGCCGAGAUGAAAUGUGCCAGUCAGGGAGGGUAUCUCGUUAUCGUGGAUGCAGCUCAUGAAAACUCUUUUAUUCGGCGAUAUUUGGCUGAAUACAGAGUCACUGGUGGAGCUUGGUUCGGUCUGAACGAUUGCCUGUUUCCAAACAAACACCGAUGGAUCUGGGGAUUUAGCAAGAAGAGAUGCCAUAAGUUUGACUGGUAUGGACAGGAACCAAUUUAUCAUGCCAAAGGUGACUGGAAUUGUGGUGCAUUCUGGGAAACUUAUCAGUAUCACUGGCAUGUUGAUAGCUGUGCGCAGAGGAAUUACUAUGUUUGCGAAAUGAAACUGGUAUUGUUUGAUAUUUAA